UUCAGGGGUGGGGAUUGUUGUCACGUGAUCCUUCAGGGGUGGGGCAUCGUUUGAGGAUUGAUCCUUUUGCUCACGGCUGGGGCGAGGCAAAGAUGUGGCGGCAGGUGGAGCGCACACUGAGGGCCAGCCUCUGGACUGGUUUGCGAUGCCAAUCGACUAGUAGCCGAGUUUUUGCUGAUGUGCCCAGAGCAAACCCAUCGUCACAUGGAUUCAGCUUUGAGCUUACAGCAGAGCAGCGCGAGUUUCAGGAGACAGCGCGGAAGUUUGCCCGGGAGGAGGUGCUCCCAGCAGCUGCAGAGUACGACAGGACUGGAGAGUAUCCUGUUCCACUCAUUAAGAGAGCAUGGGAGUUGGGACUCAUGAACGCACACAUUCCUGCAAGUUGCGGUGGAAUGGGACUGGGAAUCUUUGAUUCUUGCCUCAUUACUGAAGAAAUAGCUUAUGGCUGCACCGGUAUCCAGACUGCAAUUGAAGCCAACUCACUGGGGCAAAUGCCAGUCAUCCUGGCUGGGAACGAGCAGCAGCAGAAGAAAUACCUCGGCCGGAUGACGGAAGCUCCACUGAUGUGUGCCUACUGUGUCACGGAGCCUGGGGCAGGCUCCGAUGUGGCUGGGAUUAAGACCCGAGCCGAGAAGAAGGGCAAUGAGUACGUUAUCAAUGGGCAGAAGAUGUGGAUCACCAAUGGAGGCAAGGCAAACUGGUAUUUCCUCCUGGCUCGAACAAAUCCUGAUCCCAAAGCACCUGCGGGCAAGGCCUUCACUGGAUUCAUCGUGGAUGCCGAUUCCCCGGGGAUCCAAGUUGGAAGGAAGGAGAUGAAUAUGGGUCAACGAUGCUCAGAUACCAGGGGUAUUGUGUUUGAAGAUGUCCGUGUGCCCUUGGAGAACGUUCUCAUUGGAGAAGGAGCUGGCUUUAAAAUUGCCAUGGGGGCUUUUGAUAAAACCAGACCACCGGUUGCUGCGGGAGCUGUGGGUUUAGGCCAGAGAGCCGUGGAUGAAGCGACCAAGUAUGCAUUGGAAAGAAGAACGUUUGGAAAGUUGCUGGUCGAGCAUCAAGCUGUUUCCUUCCUGUUGGCGGAGAUGGCGAUGAAAGUGGAACUAGCUCGCCUUGCUUACCAGCGGGCUGCCUGGGAGGUCGACCAGGGCAGAAAGAACACCUACUAUGCCUCCAUCGCCAAGGCCUUCGCUGGCGAUAUUGCCAAUCAGGUGGCCAGUGAUGCCGUCCAGGUCUUUGGUGGCAACGGUUUCAACAGCGAUUAUCCAGUAGAGAAGCUGAUGCGUGAUGCCAAGAUCUAUCAGAUAUAUGAAGGCACGGCUCAAAUCCAGAGGCUCAUCAUUGCCCGGGAGCAUAUUGAGAAGUUUCAACAAUGAGAGUUGGAGUCAGGACAAGGAAUGUAAUGUAACUGCACCCUGGUUCAGUGCUUAACUGUGCAAUUUCAACACCUCACAACCUUUAGUCUUCCAAUCCUUUGUGCAGGAGAAGUUUAGCCCAUUGCCUCCUGAUCAAAGUUUUAUUAAGCAUUAAGCUUGCUUUGUGUCUGUUAGCAAGUGCCUUGUUUUGGACGGUGUCAGUAGGUAUUGCACAGAACUGUGAGAUUUGGGGAAGUAACUGCUGUGAAACAAGACAAACAGAUGUAUGUAGAACAAAACAAACUAAUGAUUAUUUUAAAAAAUAAACCUCUGAAGACUGGUAUUAAAUAUAA